GGCUCGUGCGGCUCGGCCCGGGCUGUGGCGGGAGCGAAGAUGCCACAGCCCGCGCCCCGGAGCGCCGCCAUCCCAGGCUGCGGGUGUCGCGCAAGUCCUUUACUGGCAUCGGAGCCUGCUUCUUCGGGAUUCCAGUGGAUACUGAAGAGCAGCUGAGACCUCCCGCCCUGGGGACUGAACGACUACUGGAUCCUUGGACUUUCCCUUGUAGACAGUCAUUCUUGGACUAGCUGGAGCAGAGCCUAGUGCUCAGAAGAGACUGCAGUGCCUGCCCUUUGCCUGCCCUGGCUCACUGACCUGCUGGGUGUCCCAAGCCUUCUGUUUCAAGGGGUUUUGCUGGCUGCCUGUGUCUCCAGGUUCCUGUUCUUUUGUGCUGGAGGAAUACAGCAAUUUCUGAGAGGUGCUCGACCGCACAUCGGGGUGAUAAGAUCAGAAACACAGGCGAGAAGGUCAAAGGAGUGUACAGCAGGAAACUUAGACUUCCGAAACUGAAAAUGGCCCUUGAGCUAUGCUAGGUCUAUAAUGGGAAGUGUCACAGUUCGAUAUUUCUGUUAUGGGUGCCUUUUUACAUCUGCUACCUGGACAGUUCUGCUUUUCAUUUAUUUCAACUUCAGUGAAGUGACUCAGCCCCUUAAAAAUGUGCCCAUCAAGGGGUCUGGGCCCGAUGGACCAUUUCCCAAAAAAUUCUACCCACGUUUUACUCGAAGUCCAGGUCGAGUAUUAGAUCCACAGUUUAAAGCAAACAGAAUGGAUGAUUUGAUGAAUAAUCACCUUGAAGAUUCAGAUAAAGGCCUCUCAAAAUCCUCCUCCGAGCUCGGCAUGAUUUUCAAUGAACGUGAUCAGGAAUUGAGAGACCUGGGUUACCAGAAACAUGCCUUUAAUAUGCUGAUCAGUAACCGCUUGGGAUACCACAGAGAUGUGCCAGACACCAGGAAUGCAGAGUGUAGAGAAAAGUCCUACCCGACUGACCUCCCAACUGCUAGUGUUGUUAUCUGUUUCUACAAUGAAGCCUUCUCUGCCUUGCUGCGGACUGUGCACAGUGUUGUGGACCGCACACCAGCACACAUUCUUCAUGAGAUCAUCCUUGUGGAUGACAACAGUGACUUUGAUGAUUUAAAAGGAGAGCUAGAUGAGUACAUCCAAAGAUACCUGCCUUCAAAAGUCAAGGUCAUAAGAAAUAGGAAACGUGAGGGAUUGAUCCGAGGAAGAAUGAUCGGAGCAGCCCAUGCUACAGGAGAAGUCCUGGUGUUCCUAGACAGCCACUGUGAGGUGAAUGUGAUGUGGUUGCAGCCCUUGCUGGCCGUCAUCCUUGAGGAUCCACACACUGUGGUGUGCCCCGUGAUUGACAUCAUCAGCGCUGAUACACUUGCCUACAGCUCAUCCCCAGUGGUGCGGGGAGGUUUUAACUGGGGGCUGCACUUCAAGUGGGAUUUAGUUCCUGCAUCUGAGCUGGGAGGAGCUGAUGGAGCCACUGCACCAAUAAGGUCACCUACAAUGGCUGGAGGAUUGUUUGCAAUGCACAGACAGUAUUUCAAUGAUCUUGGACAGUAUGACAGUGGCAUGGAUAUCUGGGGAGGAGAAAAUCUGGAAAUCUCAUUUCGGAUCUGGAUGUGUGGCGGGAAGCUCUUCAUCAUCCCUUGCUCGAGAGUAGGACACAUUUUCCGAAAAAGGCGGCCAUAUGGAUCUCCCGAAGGCCAGGACACCAUGACGCACAACUCCCUGAGGCUGGCACAUGUCUGGUUGGAUGAGUACAAGGAGCAGUACUUUUCCUUAAGACCUGAUUUGAAGACCAAAAGCUUUGGAAAUAUCAGUGAGCGUGUUGAAUUGAGGAAGAAAUUGGGCUGUCAAUCAUUCAAAUGGUAUUUGGACAAUAUUUACCCUGAGAUGCAAAUACCUGGCCCAAAUGCCAAACCUCAGCAGCCUAUCUUCAUCAACAGAGGGCCCAAGCGUCCCAGAGUCCUUCUGCGUGGACGGCUCUACCACUUGCAGACCAACAAAUGCCUGGUAGCCCAGGGCCGCUCCAGCCAGAAAGGAGGCCUGGUGCUGCUUAAGGCCUGUGACUAUGGAGACCCGACUCAGAUCUGGAUUUAUAAUGAAGAGCAUGAGUUGAUUUUGAACAACCUCCUUUGCCUCGAUAUGUCAGAAACUCGCUCUUCAGACCCACCUCGACUCAUGAAGUGUCAUGGGUCAGGAGGAUCUCAGCAGUGGACCUUUGGGAAGAACAAUAGGCUAUACCAAGUGUCUGUUGGACAGUGCCUAAGAGUGGUAGACCCGAUGGAUCAGAAGGGCUCUGUUGGCAUGGCCAUCUGUGAUGGCUCCUCCUCCCAGCAGUGGCGCCUAGAAGGUUAAGGUGGGCCCUGGAUGGAGACAACAUAAUUUGCCAGGUUUUGUCACACCUGCCAUAAAUCAAGGUGCUUUAUGAAGGAUGCUGCAGACCCCAGCAGACAAGAACCUUGGUAGAAGGUGACCAUCACAGGAGCAGAAGGUGCUUCACUGGGACUCGGGUUAUUUCUGAGCUGCUGCUAAGGGAUUCUUGUUUAUCCAGGGAAAACAAAAUAAAUAUCAGGAUUUGGGUCUAUUAGUACAAACCCAGGAAGCAGACAUUUGUAUUUAUUUACGUUUCUCUCAUUCUCCUUUGGAGAGGGAACGGUUUCUGUCUAAUCAGGAACUUGUUACAAUUUCCUUUCAUAGAGGACUUCAUAGGAGAUUUUUUUUUAACUAUCAUUUGUUUAAUGUUUCUAAUAGAUUUUAAAACUGGUUGAAUGCAUAUUACUUUUAGCUUCAGAAGGUAUCAUGUAUAUUUAAGAGGCAUUUAACUAUUAUAAAUUAUUUUAAUGACUUAAUAAGCUGUCUACAUUAAAUAAAGGAUCUUUUUGAUCAUUUAACUAUGAUUUAUGUCUCUUCCAGUAUAUGGAAGUUUCUGUUCUGUCUGGUCCUGCAGAUGUUCAGC